CCGCCGGUGCAUCCUCAGCUUCCAGCCAUGGCGUUGGUCACUCUGCAGCGGUCGCCGACCCCCAGCGCCGCGUCCUCCGCUAGCACAGUGACGACGACAGCGGGCGAGGAUUUUGGGAGUGAAGAUGAACGACGGAUGAAUCAAAGCUUGAGUGAGAGCUUCUUCAUGGUGAAAGGUGCUGCACUCUUCCUACAGCAAGGGAGCUCUCAGCAGGGCCAAAAAGUGCAUCCUCACCACAAACAUGCAGGUGACUUACCUCAACACCUGCAGGUGAUGAUAAACAUUCUUCGUUCAGAGGACCGGAUCAAACUGGCGGUGCGGCUGGAGAGUGCGUGGUUAGAUCGUGUGCGAUACAUGGUAGUUUUAUACACCAGCGGACGGCAGGACACGGAGGAGAACAUCCUGCUGGGAAUCGACUUUACUAACAAAGACUGCAAAAGCUGUUCGAUUGGCAUGGUGCUGCCUCUGUGGAGUGACACUAAAAUCCAUCUGGAUGGAGAUGGGGGCUUUACUGUGAACACGGCAGGUCGGACUCAUGUCUUCAAACCUGUGUCAGUGCAGGCCAUGUGGUCCGCUCUCCAGGUCCUGCAUAAGGCAUGUGAGGUGUCCCGCAGAUACAACUACUUCCCUGGCGGGAUGGCUCUCACUUGGAUGGGAUACUAUGAAAGCUGCAUUGCUUCAGAGCAGAGCUGCAUCAAUGAAUGGAACACCAUGAAGGACUUGGAGUCGACACGUCCCGAUUCGCCCACCAUGUUUGUUGACAAGCCUUCAGAGAGAGAAAGGACAGAGUGCCUUAUUAAAUCCAAACUUCGCAGCAUCAUGACUUGCCAGGAUCUUGAGAAUGUCACAUGCAAACAGAUCCGCACUGAGUUGGAGCAGCACAUGAGCUGCAACCUUAAGGGAUUCAAAGAGUUCAUAGACAACGAGAUGCUGUUGAUUUUGGGCCAGAUGGACAAAGCAACACUUAUCUUUGACCACGUCUAUCUGGGCUCUGAAUGGAAUGCCUCCAAUCUGGAAGAGCUCCAAGAGACAGGGGUGGGCUAUAUCCUCAAUGUUACCAGGGAGAUAGACAACUUCUUUCCAGGCACAUUCAGUUAUCACAACAUACGUGUGUACGAUGAAGAGGCCACUGACCUGCUUGCUCAUUGGAACGAUACGUACAACUUCAUUGUUAAAGCAAAAAAGAACCACUCCAAGUGUCUUGUUCACUGUAAGAUGGGCAUCAGCCGAUCCGCCUCCACAGUCAUUGCUUAUGCAAUGAAAGAGUUCGGCUGGUCGCUAGAGAAGGCAUACAACUUUGUCAAGGAAAAGAGGAGCAUCACACGACCGAAUGCAAGUUUCAUGCGACAGCUGGCAGAGUACGAGGGCAUCCUCGAUGCGAGCAAACAGAGGCACAACAAGCUGUGGCAUCCAGAUGCAGACUGUGACAUGGCAGAAGGCCAGCAGAGCUUGGCUCUGUGCUGUGGGGAGGAAGACCACGUCACCCCAGAACCAGGGAUGUCUCCCUGCUGUGAAGACUCGCUGCCGGAUAAAGGCGCAGCAGGCCCCUCCCCUUGCCGAAAAGUGGCCCUGGAGAUCGACCCCGCCUACAACAACUAUUAUUUCCGCCGGCUCUCUGACUCCGCGCUAGACAGUGAGCCCUCAACGCCUGUGCGUGGCCCCCCUCUCCUGGGCAUGGAGAAGGUCUUCAUCGAAAUCGAGGACGUCGAGCGAGAUGCUCUGCUGGACGACGAAGCGUUCGAUGGACGCGAAAGUCUGGGGCUUCCCCCUUUUGGGUCCACCUCGGAGGGCACCGCUGCCCAGACAUGCAGUCGUGGCCCAGAGCCGCUGGAGGAGCUGCGAUUGCGACUGGAGUUUAGCACAGUAGAGGAAGAGGAUGAGGAGGAUGUGCAAAAGGAGGAGGCAGAAAUGGAGGUACUAAUGCAGCCAGACGAUGGAGGGGGCGGCAAUGGAGGUGGGGGAGCAGAGGAAAGCCAAGAUGUGGAGGUGGAAGUAGAUAGUGAGGUUAACAGCAUGGACCUGGCAACCCUGAAUGACAAUUGCAACAAUAACAACCGAUUGACCUCACAACGGAACCUCAAUGGAAAAGCCACACCUCUUGAAGCCAACGUGUCUUUACUAAAGGAUGUUUUGCCAACUUCCCUAUCAAAUCCUUGCCUUAAGCCCAAUCCUGCUCAUUCCCCAAGUGCCCCAUCUCUGCUGUCCCAGGCCUCUCCUGAAGACCUCCAGUGUUCGGUGGGACUCCUGUCUCUCUCUGACUGUGCCGGCUUCGCUUCCCUUUGCUCUACACUUGUCCCUGUUGUACGGCAGCAGCUGGCAGACUCUCGACCUGUUGUGGGGAUGAAGGACUGUGGCGAUAUGUCGCAUGUAAACAUGGAUGCCGAAAGGGGGAUGUCUGUUGAGGCGCUCCCUGAGCUGGUGACCAUGUUAGACAAAGAUACUCCUGCUGAGGCUGGCUGCCAGCAAAAGGAGACCCUUGUGGAGCUGCGACGGUCUGGUUUAGUGCGCCGCCAGGCGGAGAGACUGGAGAGACUUUCAGGCGUGACCCAGGAGAGUCCGCCCUCCCUGAAGCCUGUGCACGCUUGCCAAACGCAGACGAAGACCUCACACACAGAGGAGGAGGAAGAGUUGGGCAUCAGCACGGUUUAUAUGAAAUCAUCUACACCGUGCCAAAUACGGUUAGAGCCGCUGAUGGUUCCACUCGCCAAUGAAGCCUUGUUUGGGGCGGUGGGGUCGGGGGUGCGCACCCCCACCUCCUCACCUCACGGCUCCACCCUGACACGCAGCUCCAGCAGCGACAGUCUGCGCAGCGUGAGAGGAAAGCCGGGCCUGGUGCGUCAGCGGGCGCAGGAGAUCGAGACCCGGAUGCGCCUGGCGGGCCUCACCGUGUCGUCCCGGCUGAAACGUUCCAACUCGCUGGCUAAGCUGGACUGCCUCAACCUCUCCUCCGAAGACCUGUGCUCCGCCUGCUCGUCAGAUGCGGGGACACUACUACUCCUCUCGCUGUCCCCGGAGCCGGACCACGGCCAGAAGUGGGAGUCCCCCGCGCAACCCCGGAAGGACCCGCACACGUCCGCCUGGCCGUCCAGCUGACACGUCCAGCAGGGCUUGGUGGUGGUACUCCAACUCGUCAUAGAGCUGUCGCGAGGUAGUAAAAAAAUGACACACAACUGUCAUAUAAAGUGUUCACUUAUUCGCCACAUUGUUUGCCAAUCUGCUUUUGACACUGAAAGUCAUAUUGCUGUGUCUGACAAGUCAAGCCGUCAUCAGUUGGAUAAACAAGUGCCUUAUGUUUGAGACCAGAGGCACAACGUUUUGGGCAGAAGGAUAAGAGAAGAGCAUUUUAACCCACAGCCCUAAAAGUACCUUGUGUGUACUGAAAUAUGGUAUGGUAUCCAUCAGCACUUAUUUUUUUACCAGUCGGGUACAAAGUAUUAGUAUUGUGCAUCGAUAAAGCUGAUCUAUCCCGUAGUUGUGAAAGUGUUCAUAAUUGUAGAGUUGUCACCUAUAUUGUAUCUUGUUUUAGAUGCCAUAGGCCUUCACGGAGAGCCAGUUCUCAGAUUGAAGUUGACGUACGGUGAUGAAAUUGACGUGUGACUCUAUUGCUUGUAUUCAGUCACGUGACUUCUUCCCGGAAGUGAAACAAUUGGUGGUCAACCAAGCCAAGAUUGCUGUUGUAUAGCAAGCAGCGUGCGGACUGAGUACAUAGGGGGCCUAGGCCUUCCUGCAAAAAGCAGAUAGGAGCAAAAAAUCUAAAACUGCAAUGGAAUCUAUCCCUAUACUUGAUUAAAGAUUUGUCGAGUGAUAAAGGAUUAUCUGUCGGUCACGUUCCCAGACAUGUCCAACUAUCUGGUGCUCCAGACGCCGUUCUACACGACAAAACGGAUAGAAACUUGAAAAAGCAUGGAGGCCUUUGGUCAAGGAAAUUGCUAUCAAGAUUCUCGCAAAUAAAUAUGCAUUUUCUUUGCUGGGGUAAGGUUGCAUUUCAUGAUUCAACUUCGCGCCUACUGCCAUGUUGCUGUUGCAUGGGCCGUUUACGAGUAUGCGUGUUUUUCCCCUUCUUGAUCAAAAUAUAACUGUAGAUGUCAACAGCUUCAUUUAUGAUUGCUGCCUUUGGUAAAAGCUUAAAUCUUAAGUUUUGCUCACACUCACCGAGUUGGUAGUUUACAAAACACUUGCAGCAAACAUGCGUUUUAAAAACUCCGAAACAAGAUCAAAUGCAAAUAUUAUCAAGAUGAUACUUAAAUGGGAAAUAUUAAAUGUUAAAAGUAUAGUACAGGCCAAAGGUUUGGACACACCUUCUCAAUCAAUGCGUUUUCUUUAUUUUCAUAACUAUUUACAUUGUAGAUUGUAAAUGGUAAAUGGGUUAUACUUGUAUAGCACUUUUCUACCUUCAAGGUAUUCAAAGCGUUUGACACUAUUUCCACAUUCACACACACAUUCACACACUGAUGGCGGGAGCUGCCAUGCAAGGCCCUAACCUCGACCCAUCAGGAGCAAGGGUGAAGUGUCUUGCUCAAGGACACAACGGACGUGACGUAGUUGGUAGAAGGUGGGGAUUGAACCAGGAACCCUCAGGUUGCUGGCACAGCCACUCUCCCAACUCCGCCACGCCGUCCCCAAAGACUGUCACUGAAGGCAUCAAAACUAUGAAUGAACACGUGGAGUUAUGUACUUAACAAAAAAAGGUGAAAUCACUGAAAACGUGUUUUAUAUUCUAGUUUCUUCAAAAUAGCCACCCUUUGCUCUGAUUAUGGCUUUGCACACUCUUGGCAUUCUCUCGAUGAGCUUCAAGCACACCUGUGAAGUGAAAACCAUUUCAGGUGACGACCUCUUGAAAUAAAUAAAUGGUAAAUGGGUUAAACUUGUAUAGCGCUUUUCUACCUUUUUAAGGAACUCAAAGCGCUUUGACACUAUUUUCACAUUCACCCAUUCACACACUGAUUGAAGCUCAUUGAGAGAAUGCCCAGAGCGUGCAAAAAAGCAAUCAGAGCAAAGGGUGGCUAUUUUGAAGAAACUGGAAUAUAAAACAUGUUUUCAGUUAGUUCACCUUGUUUUGUUAAGUACAUAACUCCACAUGUGUUCAUUCAUAGUUGUGAUGCCUUCAGUGACAAUCUACAAUGUAAAUAGUCAUGAAAAUAAAGAAAACGCAUAGAAUGAGGCGAAGGUGUGUCCAAACUUUUGGCCUGUACUGUAAAUCAAGCAAACAUUUAACAAAGUGAUCACUGCAAACUCAUGCGUUCUUCGACUCUGCUCCCUUGUACGAGAGUGCGUGCUACUUUUUUGUCGUCGUCUCGUAAAAUCUUGCACUCUUUUGCCCUUCUUGUUACUUCUCGAGGAACUCUGAAGAAACAUUUAUCCUUUUUGCGUUUUGAACGGUUUGUACAGCCGAAAACAACACAAGCCCAGGGCAUUUUUCUUUGAGUGGCUAAAUGCCACUUAGAUCGCGAUGACAACAGACGCUGGCUUGACCACCACGCAUAUUCAAUGAGCCGGACGUGACGUAAAUCCAAGCAAUAAGUGUGUGAAUGGAAAGUGGAGAGAAAGAGGCUUUUCACUGUUUUCAACAAUUAUCAGAAUACUUUCUGAUUAUGUUGUUCCUUUGCACUGCUUUUUUUUGGGAUUGUGUAUACUUGACUUGGUACACAACAAGCUAUCUUCCAAAAUAACAUUCAAGUAAUGUUAUCGACCUCAUCAUUCCCCUCGGUGAUCACGGGAGCGCAAUCAAGCUGUGUGGCUUGAAAUCACAAAGCAACUGUCUAAUGCAACACACGACAAGGAUUCCAUGUCAUAUAUACGGUAUAUGUGUCUUUUUUUGACAACUCAAAAAAAAAAAGUAAUCCUUGAGGAUUUCCAACAUGAAAGUCAUGUUUAAAAUGUGAAAGACCAAAGCUCUACGGCUGUCUCAUCAAACUGAAACUGUACAAUAUACAGUGGUCCCUUGGUUUUUGUAGCCCCCCACCGCCCACACACACUUUGUAUGAUUCCAUUUUUGCCAAAAGUUUAUGCCACAUUAUUUACAGUGUCUCGUCCCAAACUAGUCUGUUUGACCGCGUAUCAUUUCAUGCAGUCACCGAACAAAGAAUCCAAUGUGUUUUUUUUUUUUAACUUAGUGCCAAUAUGGGGCCAAAGAAAGUUGCAAGUGCCAGCACUUUGAUAAAGUAAGUGAGAAACAAUAUUGAAUUCAAGAAAGAAUUUAAAGUAUGGGAGAGAGGCUUUUCACUCUUUUCAACAAACAGAAUACUUUCUGAUUAUGUCGAAAGUAUCAUACCUUGAAGCUCUUCGCCCUCAAGGGUCUUCAAUAAAGGUAGAAGUUAAAUGUUUAUCAAUUUAAUUUUUUUUGUAUUUUGCAUAUUUACUGCAUGUACAACUAGAAUUAUCAUUUAUGUAAAGUUUUUGUGUUAAUAUAUUUUUGGGUGUGGGAGAAUUGGAUUUGCAUUACAGUAAUUCCUCAUUUAUCGCUGUUAAUUGGACGCGAUAAAUUCAUUUCUGCAAAUUAGGAAUUAUAAAUCAAAUAUUUUUUAAUGGCUAGAACUGUAUAUGACCUUAAUAAGUUUAACAUUAUGAGAGCUCUCUAGACAACUAAUAACAUUGUAUACUAUUUAACUCCAGUAUAGAAAUGUAGUCAUGGCUGAGCCAAUCAGUGGCCAUGAUACUAAACAGCGCACUCUGAUUUUCCGGUUUUGAUCUAAUCCAGUGGCCAAUACUACUGUAGUAUUGAUAUUUUUAGAUUUUUUUUAGGCCUGAAAAUGCUUAAUUUAGGGCCAAAUAUGCUUAAAAGUUAAAACAAAAAACAGAAAGAAACCUGCAAACGAGGAAAAAGUGCUGGGGUUCCGUUCGAUUCGGUCUACGUCAGACCUUUUGGAACGGAUUGCUAACAAAAACCAAGGCACCGCUGGAGUCUUCAUGUCAAUCAUGUUUGUAUUUAAAUGCUGUCACAUCGUUUUGCACAUUUUGGGAGAGGCAAAAAAUACUCGAGGGAGUUUUUUGGGCUUACUGCUGUUCGGCUUUUACGCUCAUAUCCAGUUUUAAAACUACGAUCACACUAGGUUACGUGUUAUUUUUCGUAACCAUGCUUUUUUUUUUUAAAUACUUUACAUAUGCAGUAAUUUUUGUACUGUACAUUGCUGUAGUUUAAAUGCAUAAUGCACUUUUUAUGUUAAUGUACUGUAUGUGUUGAUUAUGGAAAUAAACGUGU